UUAGGAAUGAGAUCCAUCCUGCUACUCCUACUGGCGGCAUCCAUAGCUUCAGCUAUCUUUGCUCCUGGAGCCAGCGGAGGUUUUGGAGGUGGAGGUUUUGGGUCACGAUCAUCAUCAUCAUCAUCAGAAGAGGGACGAGGACAUCACGGUCACGGCCACGGCCACCAUCAUGGAAGACCCCCACGGCCACGUCCACCACGUCCGCCAGUAUCAAGAGAACCCGAAUGUCCAAGUGAUUGGUUGUCGUUUGACAGACCUCAGGGAGUCUGGUGUGUCAAGGUCUUCUAUGAAUCACUCACUCAGCCCAUCGCCGAGAGUAGGUGCCAGGCACAAGGGGCCACAUUGUCCGGAUACCAGAAUGCCAAUGAGCGAAUGCAAGUUUCAUACGCUGCUCGUACACUUACAAACCAGAAUGGAGGUGGCUUAGCCGAAGUUUGGGUUGGAGCCUAUAGAAAAGCUAGAUGUCCAAAUAAACCUUCAUGUACCCCUCUUGACACUUUCGAAUGGACUGAUGGACAUACAACUGGUACUGAUGGAUUCCAUUAUCCGGGUACCGAGCCAAAUGGAUAUGUCAACGAACAUGGACAACAAUAUUGUAUGGAAAUGCAUAUUCACCCGAGCUCUGACACUGAAGCGGCUCGCUACGGAUAUCAUCAAGGAGAUUUGGAUGAUAUGCUUUGUGUUGUACCGGUCAGACUCUAUGCAUGUGGAAAAGUACCCGAACAAGUAUGAGAUUUUUGUGUUGGAGUUUCUUGAAUGGGACGCCGAAACUCAUACUUAUAAAACCUUUAUAUGUCAUGAAGAAAUCUAUGAAAUUUGGCAAUUGUA